AUGUAUACAAAAUUUCUAAAGGACCUGGUCACAAAAAAGGGCAAAUACAUCAACAAUGAGAGCAUCAUGGUGGAAGCUUAUUGCAGUGCUGUGAUUCAAAGGAUUCUACCACAAAAGUUCAAAGACCUAGGGAGUGUAGCCAUCCCAUGUUCUAUUGUGGAGGUGUCAGUGGGUAAGUUUAUCAUGGAUUUGGGUGCAAGCAUUAAUUUGAUGUCCCUAUCUAUGUGUUGGAGGAUUGGAAAUCUGAAGAUUGCUCCCACUAGGAUGAGGCUUCAGCUAACAGAUCGUUCUAUCACCAUACCAUAUGUUGUAGUUGAAGAUGUCCUUGUCAAGGUCUGCCAAUUCACUUUUUCAGUGGACUUUAUGAUUAUGGAUAUAGAAGUGGACUCCGAUAUUCCUCUGAUGCUAGGUCGUCCAUUCAUGCUUACUGCAAUAGAGAAAUGUCAGUUGUGGACAUGGGGAAUGACAACUUGGAGAUGA